AGCAUAGAGGCGAUUCGGGCCGAGACGGGCAGUGAGGCGUUUUGAUUCGAACGAGGAGGUUUUGUGGGGUUCUAGGUCCCAGAGCUCGGCUCUUCCCCUGCGUGCAUCACUAAUUUCGUUGAUCGAGAGCGUAAGAGUCGCUGGUGCUGGUGCUGCUACGGUGCCUGCACUCCGCCAUGGGGUUGACCGCGAAAAGCACCUCGUUCAUCGCUGCUUUCGUCUCCCGAAAAUAUCCUGAUUCACCGCAGAUUGGUGAAGCUGCUGAGGGUAAAGACGAUGUGAGCGCCGUUUGCAAAUCCAUCGUGGCUGCGGCUGGCCCUGCUGCUUCAAACACGCUACUCGGAGAGUCUGAUGAAGUCCGUGCACAGGUCGAGGAGUGGCUAUCGUUUGCAAACUCAAUUCACAAAGAUGAGAAAGUGAAGGCGACAUACUUGCGUACCCUUGAUACCUACAUGUUGACCAGAGCAGUGUUUGUGGGUUUCGGUACCUCGAUUAGUAUUGCCGAUGUAGCUCUUUUCGUAUCGAUUCAUGACCAAGUGGCGGCAAUGCCUAAAGAGGAGCUGCAAACCUACCCGAAUCUGCUUCGCUGGAUCGAUUACGUUCAGCACAAGGAUGACCAGAGUAAGGUUUAUGAAUGGAUACCUGUUGUUAAGCCCACUUUCAACCCCCCGAUGCCUUCUUCUGAACCCGAAGGGAAGAAGGCGGCACCAUCAGCUCAGGCUGCUCCAGAGAAGGAGAAACCCGGAACAGCCACACCAGCUCCAAAUGGAACACCGGCAGACAAGCCAAACAAAAAGGAAUCCAAAGGGAAGUCGGAGGCUGCAGUAGCUGCAAACGUGGAGAAGAAAGCUGACGUGAAGGAUACUCAGCCGAAGGAGAAAAAAGUUGAUCAGUCCAAGGAGAAGAAAGAAUCCACACCUGUGCAGAGAGAUGGCUUUGGAUUCGAAAUACUAGACAUCAGGGUGGGCAUUAUUGAAUCCGUCAAGAAACAUCCUACCGCUGAUACGUUGUAUGUAGAAGAUAUCAAUAUCGGAGAGGGCAAUGUGAGGCAGGUAGUCAGUGGGCUUGCCAAAUAUCUGACUGAGGAACAGAUGCUGAAUCGGCGAGUUCUCGUAUUGGCAAACGUGAAGCCCAGCAAACUUCGAGAUGUUAUGUCUGCAGGACUUGUCUUGUGUGCAUCUAACGAGGACCACACACAGUGCGAACCAGUACUACCUCCUCAAGGUGCCUCUAUUGGCGAAAGAGUCAUAGUUGCUGGCUACGAGGGAAAGCCAGAACCCGUCUUGAAUCCCAAGAAGAAGCAAUGGGACAAACUUUAUCCUGAUCUUCACACUGAUGACUCCGGUGUCGCUUGUUUCCAAGGGAAAGCAUUGAUGACCACAGCAGGACCUUGCACCGCGUCAAUCACGAAAGGGACGAUCAAGUAGUAAAGCUGAUCCCAAAACCUAUUAUAUCCCGUUAGAUUUAUUGCUAGAUUAUCAACACUUAUAUACUAGGUAAGCUAAUGAUAAGUAGCUGCUACGACAGGUCAAUUGUAGGAAUGUCGGAGAGUCUUUCUUGUUGGCUCGUACUGCUUCUGGAAUUGAUUCACCUGCCGUGGAGAAUUUUUGUGAAGAAGAGCAAAUUUAGGAUAUUGUCACAUCAGGGAUUGUGCGUGGCGGUGAUUUUUAGAAGCCUUCGGCUGUUCAUGUUAGGGAGGAGAAAUCUGUUACACUCUGUAGAGCACAAAUGAAUUCAGGUCUGUUAGACCUUUCUCAAGGCAUUCUUGGGAUGCAACUAAGUUUUGAGUUCUGAGGUCUACCACUCUG